AUGCCUUCACCGCGAAACCAACAACCAACCCGCGAGUUUCAUAUAGUGGUCCUGGGUGCUGGCGGUGUGGGAAAAAGCUGCUUAACAGCACAAUUUGUGCACAAUGAAUGGAUUGAGAGCUAUGACCCCACAAUAGAGGACUCGUAUAGGACGCAAGUCGCUGUCGAUGGACGGCAAGUCAUGUUGGAAAUCCUCGACACCGCCGGCACGGAACAGUUCGUUGCUAUGCGAGAUCUCUAUAUGAAGACUGGUCAGGGCUUUCUGCUCGUGUUCAGCAUUACGUCACAGUCAUCACUCGCAGAGCUGGCACAGCUGCGGGAGGAGAUUAUUAGGAUAAAAGACGACGAAAAGGUGCCUAUCGUCAUAUGUGGCAACAAGGCUGAUCUAGAGGAGCAGCGAGCCGUCCCAAGGACCAAAGCUUUUGCCAUUUCACAGAGGUGGGGAGCACCGUAUUAUGAGGCAAGCGCAAGAACAAGGACAAACGUGGACGAGGUCUUUGUUGAUCUCUGUCGGCAAAUGCUUCGCCGGGAUCAAUCCUCACCACACGACUCAUUCCAAGAUGGUGACGAGCGUACCGACGGAUCCGGCGGCUUCGGCUCCAAAAAACCAGCAAAGAAGUAUGCACCGUCUCUACCUUGCAGUGAUUUUCACAGCAGCUCGGUUGCCAUGUGGUUCAGAAAAGCUGCCGUCUGCCUCCAGCCUAUCGCUAUUCUCAAAGCAGGCGUUCUACUCCUCCACAUCCGCCCAGCGACUGCCUUUGUACUGGAGGAGCACCUGGAUGUCCGAUCAGCCUCGAUAUCAUCCCUCCACGACGCCCUGUUCUCGGGCCAGACGACAUGCCGCACCAUCAUAUCGGCACACCUCUCCCGCAUCCAGGCUCUCAACCCGACAAUCAACGCCAUCACGGCCCUGGAUCCAGCCUGCCUGAGCGCGGCCGACACCCUCGACGCCGAGCUGGCGGCGGGCAACGUCACGGGCCGGCCGUUGUUCUGCAUCCCGGUCCUGCUCAAGGACAGCUUCGAUGCCGUGGGGAUGAGCACGGCGGCGGGCUGCCUUGCCCUGGCGCGCAACCGGCCGCGCGUCGACUGCCCCGCCGUGGCGGCCCUGCGGAGCGCCGGCGCCGUCGUUCUGGGCAAGGCGAGCAUGCACGAGCUCGCGCUCGAGGGGAUAUCGGCGUCGUCGAUCGCAGGCCAGGUCCGCAACCCUUACGACCUGCGCCGCACGCCAGGGGGAAGCUCUGGCGGGUCCGGUGCGGCGAUCGCGGCUGGGUUCGCCGUGCUCGCCACGGGGACGGACACGGUCAAUAGCUUGAGGAGUCCUGCGAGCGCGAAUGGGCUGUGCAGCUUUCGGCCCACGACUGGGCUGAUGUCUAAGGAGGGCAUCGUGCCCGUCUCAGCUACGCAAGAUGCCGUCGGAGCCAUGGGCAGGAGUGUGGAGGAUGUCGCUGUAGUGUUGCAGGUGAUGGCUGGGGCGAGAGGGGAAGAUGUGCCGGACGAUGUAGUGGGGACUGAUUACGUGAAGGAGAUGAUGGAGGUGGAUGGACUGAAGGGAUUGAGGCUGGGUGUAGUGGAUGGCUUCUUCAACCAUACCGUUGACCCCGAGGUAGACCCUGUAAACAAGGCCAUGGAGAGCAUGAUUUCGCUUGUCAAGGAUGCCGGCGGGGUUAUCAUCAACAUCACAAACCCAAUUUUUGACGCAGUCUCCAUCCUCGCCAACCUUGACGUGCAACGCUUCGAGUACAAGCAACAGUUAGACCUGUACCUCAGCCGACCCGAUCUGGACGGAGAAGAUGUGCCUCGGUCCUUUGACCAGCUGUACCACGGCCGAAGAGGAAGCCACGAUUUCCUAGUCCUGCCCUACCAAUACGACUUCAUCAACAAAUCUUUGACGGCUUCCACCUCGGACGAGGAAUACAAGGCGCGGCUGGCAGGCAUCCGCAGGCUGACCGAGGACCUGGCCGCGACGUUUGCAACGCACUCGCUCGACGCGCUCAUCUACCCGCAGCAGCGAAACCUCGUGGUCGGGAUCGGGUCGCCCUCCCAGGCUGGCAGGAACGGCAUCCUGGCCGCGCUGACGGGAUCGCCUGUCGUCGUGGUGCCGGCGGGAUACUCGGCGGUUGAGGGUGAUCGCGGCGGCGUGCCGAUCGGGAUGGAGAUUCUCGGCGUUCCGUGGUCCGAGGGCCGGCUGCUGGGCAUUGCUCGUAGCAUCUCACAGCUGCCUGGGGCGCCGGCCUGGAGGAUGCCCGCAUCGAUGAAUGUGAGCGUCGAGGUUCGGGCGCACAAAGAGGUGCCUGUUGUUGUGCCUGACAAGAGUAGUGUUCCGCCAGAGUAUCCGCUUGGCAACUUGUGGCCUGGGGCCCUGUGA